AUGGCCUCCGAGCGCUCGUCCGCUGAGAGUCGCUCCUCGCACCUGAGCUCUGACCCGACCAUCAUCGGCACCGACGCCGCGGCCAACAGCAUGUGGGAGGAAAGCUUCGUCACAGAGAAUCAUGGUGUGAGCACUAAGAGAGAUUACUCUCCCGUGUCCUGGAGCGAAUACUUUGAAAUGAUGGAUGACGUGGUCAUCGGGUCAGGAGAGACUAAGGAUGUGUUUCGUGUGUAUAAAAGCGGUCAGGACGGUCCACUGCUGGUUCUGCUUCACGGAGGAGGACACUCGGCCCUGUCCUGGGCUGUUUUUACGGCAGCGAUGACCAGUCGGGUCACUUGUCGGGUUUUGGCCAUGGAUCUCAGGGGUCACGGUGUGACUCAAGUCCGGCACGCCGAUGACCUUUCCACGCAAACCAUGUCCAGAGACGUAGCCAAUGUGGUGCGAGCGACGUAUGGCGAGAUCCCGCCCCCCAUCAUCCUGGUGGGUCACAAUGUGGGCGGAGCCAUCGCGGUGCACGCGGCCGGCGGGGCGCUGCUGCCCUCUGUGGUGGGGCUGGUGGCCAUCGACGUGGUGGAGGGCAGUGCGAUGGACGUCUUGCACAGCAUGCAGAACUUCCUGAGAGGACGACCCAAAUCCUUCAAAUCCAUCGAUCACGCCAUUGAAUGGAGUGUAAAAAGCGGGCAGAUCAGAAACCUAGAAUCUGCUAAAGUGUCAAUGGUGGGACAAGUGAGACGGUGUGAGGUGGAGGAGGGCGAUUCGGCCGAGCCGGUGAGUCCGGUGACCGAGAGCGUGGCCGAGGGGCACGAGGAGUUUUACGAUCUCAACUACGUGACGGAUAAAGCGGAGAGCAGCACAUCAGCGGAGCCGUGCAGUGUGUACAGCUGGAGAAUCGACCUGUCUAAAGCAGAGAAAUACUGGGACGGCUGGUUCAGAGGGAUAUCGAACCUCUUCCUGUCCUGCAACGUCCCAAAACUCCUACUGCUGGCAGGCAUUGAUCGACUGGACAGAGACCUGACCAUUGGACAGAUGCAGGGUAAAUUCAUGAUGCAGGUGCUGCCCCCUUGUGGACACGCAGUGCAUGAGGACAUCCCAGAUAAAGUGGCAGAUGCUUUGGCAAGUUUUAUGAUCAGACACAAAUUUGCCGAAGCUCGCAGCGAAAAUAAAAGAAACUGCAUGUCAUUCUCUCUCUCUCAGUUCCUCGUAUCCGUUCAUGCGGUGAAAACAUGAAUAAAGCAGAAGACACUGAGGAACAGGCCUGAAACCUCCACCAGAUCAAAACAUCCUCCACAUCAUCCAUAAAUCCAACUGUCACUAUCCUGAGUUUAGAAUAAAGAUUAGAAUGUUCA